AUGUGUACUUCCUCCAGCAGCAGACCGAUAACUCCUCAAGAGACAGACAAACAGGAGUUGAUCUCGGUGUCUCACCAGGAAGAGUUCGUGCCAGUCCUCCUUGAGUUGGAGAAGGACGUCUGCUUUCAAGACGACUUUCUUGAUCUGCCCGACAACUCUGAGACAGAGCCGGCCAUCAACCAGGACAUAAUCGCCAGAGAACUGAACAGCACCAGUCCUGGCACAUCAAAAGAGAUCAAGCAGAAGCUGUCUCACCAGGAUGAAGUGGUGUCUGUCGUCCCAGCAGUGGAGGAGAUCAUCUCCCGCUGUGGUGGGAAACCUGAAUUCAUGGAAGAGAGUUUGUUGCAGAGCUACAGGCCCCUGAACGAGCAGGCCAUACAGGAGUUGGUCAUUGAGGAGGAAUUUAAAAAAACCCCAAACACUGCAGAUGGCUUCGGUGAUUGUGUGAAGGCUAAAACCUCCACCAUCAUCUCUUUCGGAUUUCCCAACAUUGGACAGACUUGUUACAUGAACUCCAGCCUUCAGAGCCUUCUGACACUGGGGAACUUUGUCAAGGACUUCCAGCGUCAGAAGCAAGUCUGGUGUUCAGCUUUUGAUGCCCAACUGAUAAGAAAGUUCAUGAGCAUCAGAGACGCCCACACAUCCAGAGACUCCAACAGUAAAAUGCGCCUCCUGCAGUCAUUCAAGGACGAGGUGUCUGUUGAGGCACCAGAAUUUUGUGGCUACGAGCAAAAUGAUGCUCACGAGUUCCUGACCUCGGUCCUGGACCAGAUUUGGACAGUGUCCCCCCUCCUGCAAGACAUUGCAGCUUCCAUGGGAACAGGCUACACGUGCCCUGUGGAAAGCAACCUGGUGUUCAAGGUGGAGAACAUCAGGACCUGCAUGAGUUGUGGGGCUGAGUCAAGAAGGCAGGAAGUGUUCACAAACCUUUCCCUGGAUCUGGUUCCUGGUAGCUGUAUUGAAGACAUGAUUCAGGAGUACCACAAGGAAACUGAGUUGGAGUACAAGUGUGAGUGUGGAGGAAGAACAUCCUGCCAGAGAUCCUGCUUUAAGACCCUGCCCAAAGUGCUCAUCUUGCACAUGAAGCGCUUCCGCUUCACCUCCUCCUACGAUUUGAGGAAGGUGCACGACCCCAUCGAGCUUCAGAGAGACAUGGUGGUGUCCUACAAAGAGGAUGGCGCCUGCUACAGUCUAGUCAGCGUCGUCAGCCAUCUAGGCUACAGUGGAAAAGCAGGACACUACAUCUGUGAUGGGGUUAAUCCAGAUGCCCAUCCCGACGCCCAUCCCGACGAGCCAUCUGACCGCUGGCUCACCUUCAAUGACGCGCAUGUAUCUGAAACAACUGGAGGAUCUGUUUGUGAGCAGCGGAAGGAGUCGGCCUACAUCCUGUUUUACAAAAAACGGGAAUAGGAGGUGGUCCAGCAGCAGAUCCCGACCACAGGAGGAUGGGCAGAAAGAAGAGACAGUUUCUACUCCAGGUUUUCUCCUCACAGAGGGAGUUUUCCC